AUGGCUCUGGAAACUGAUCCCGCAGCCGCCACGCAGGCACACGUAUCUUCGGACACAGCAUCGCAGGGCAAGCUACGCGCUGCCUGUGACGAGUGCAGGACCAAGAAGCUCAAAUGUACUGGCGAACGGCCCAACUGCUCAAGAUGCGUGCGAGAGAACAUCAAUUGCAUCUACUCCCCACAGAAACAAAUGGGCAGGCCCAAAAAGCGCGCGCGAACCGACAGAGAUUCCUCGCCCACACAGAACUUCAGCGAUGCCGCGAUAUGGGAUCCGUCUCUACACACAGACGGCGGAUAUGACAUGGCUCCCUUUGAGUCUGCCUUCACACCAGGUGGCAGUCUACAGCCUUGGCUAAAGGAUGCCGGGGAUUGGGGACGUGACUUUUCAAUGCCAGAAGGCGGACACAGACACGGCAGCGAGAACGGCAUACCAGCUUUGACACCGGACAACAGCUCCAGCAGUAGUCCCCCGUUGCUCAAUCUUCCGCCGGAGUUGCAGUCGAGCCACGCCAGCAGCAUGACCCAUGGCCAUUCUCACGGUGGCAGCACUCAACUCCUCCUGGACCCAGCGCUCGGCGGCAACAGUAGUCUCGGCAUGCCAAUGGGUCUCAUGCCCAACUGCGCCUGCCUUUCAACCAUGUACCUGACCCUGAACACCCUCCAAUCAAUGGACAACGCCUUCGCCUUCCCCUUCGCCCUCCACCCCCUCCGCGAAGCCAUGCAAACCGCCUCCGAAAUCCUCUCCUGCGAAGAAUGCCCCAAACGCUUCAUCACCGCCAUCCAAAACACCCAACUCCUCGGCACGCUCCUCAUGUCCAUCGCCGAGCGCUACUCCAAAGUCCUCGAACACAUCACCGCCGAAUCCCUCCGCGCCAGCCUCGCGGGCGAAGAGAAGAAAUUCCGCCUCCAAGACCUCAACACCUCCACCUCCCACCUCCACGCGGGCGGCCUCGGCUGCGUCGCCGCCUUCAGCAUCAACCUCUCCCCGGAAGAAUGGCGCUCCAUGUGCAAGAAAGUCGUCCGCGCCGAAGUCCACGGCCCCAGCGAAGGCAACGAUUGCUGUUGUUACUUCUCCGGUGUGAUCCAGCAGAUGGAGGAUCGGCAGGAACAGUGGCAUAAGAAGCCUGCGCCGAUUGAUUUUCCGGUCGAUGCGAAGACGGGGAAGUUGUUGGGUGGGCCGAGGAGCGAGAUGAAGAGGGAGGAUCAUCUUUGUUUGAAGUUGCCCGAGUAUGCGAAGAAGUUGGUGCAGGGGUUGGAUUGGAGUUGA